CAUUUGCCGCGUCAAUACAAAGAUCCGAACCAUUUCCAAUCAGAGAGAAAGCGAGCUACAGCGCUCAAUUCAUAUAACUACAUAAAAAUCUCUCUCCAUAUAAAACUCAAUCGAGAGAGAUUUCAGAGAGAUUGCAGAGGGAGAGAGAGAGAUGUUGGGGAGAAUGAGAAUUUCGUCAUGGAAUUCACUGGAGGAAUUGGAGCUGGAGAGAUCUGCUCCUUCCAAGCUCAUCAAGGACGAUUCCCUCUCGAUUUACGAGACUACACUUAUGAAGCUUAAAGAGGGCUCUCGGCGUAAUACAAAGUUAGAACAUUCGGACUCAGUGGGGAUGGGUAUCGAUAGUUCUGUGGCAAACAUGCCACCUGUUGUGGAGGAAGCGGAAAUGUUAGAUACUGACUGUACUUCCUCUGUUACUUUUAAAAACCAGAGUGAUUGUCAACCUAUACCCGUCGAAAAGGAACAACAGAACAAGAAUGUCUCUAUUCUUUCACUAUUUGCUAGAUAUAAGAACUCUCACCGUGCUUUAGGAUCACCUGAUGAUAAGGCAGUUGUAGAGAAUGGUUGUAUAUCUUCUGAUACUUCUGAGAUUACUAAUCAUGUCAAUUAGUUACUGGCAAAAGAUAGCAAUUUUAUUGAUGUAUCAAUGUUAUUCACCUUGGUCUUUCAUUGUAUGGUUUCAAUUUUCCUACAAGGCAGCUGUUGUAUUGUAAUUGUUAUAUUGCUUUAAGAUAUGUUUUUUUUUUCUAAAAAAGUUAAGUUAAAAACCAUU